GUUUUAAGUCGCGAGGUGGGGCAUCGUGUUAAGUCUAUAUCGGCAAGCAAGUUUUCCGGACCAGAGAUCUUGUCUCUUCAACAAGGAGGAAAUGGGAUAGCCCAGAGGAUUUGGCUCAGCAAGUAUAAAAUGACUGAUUCACCAGAAGCCGAAUCUGAUAACGAUGUUCGACUAUUUAUGCGUCAAAAGUAUUAUGAGCAAAAAUGG